GCGACUUUCAAUCCAAUAAAAUGGCCGAAAAUUGAUUUUUCUACGCGGACGUGAGUUCUAUAAAAUUUUUUACAUUCAAACACGAAUGAACGCCGUAUAUAUUGGGAAACGAUAAUGUUUUAAAAAAAAAAAAAAAAAAAACGAAGAUUACAUUGUUACGGAUCGUGAUCAAUUGAAUAUAUCUAUUACAACAGAAUACUAAAACGUGAAGAACUUAUAUGUUAUACUACCUGGCGCAAAGACGUCCGGUAAUUUCUAAUGUCUUUUUGAAAUAAGAAUUCGCGCCUAAAUGAGUGCUAAAGGCCAAUACAAUUGCGUUUUGUGUGACUCAAAAUUAGAAUCCAAGGAAGCUUUGCAGGAGCAUUUUAGGAAACAUGCCAACAAAGAAAUAGAUACUCGUGGUAAACCCGUCAAAAGAAGCAAAAACGAUGAUACCCAAUGUGAUGUAUGUGGUCAAGCAUUUGAUUCAAUUAGUGCAACAAUACGACAUAGAUUUAAAGUCCACCCUAAUUCACCAACAAAAUUUUAUUGUCAUUAUUGUGGGAUGCAAUUUCCUCUAAAAACACACAGAGAUAAUCAUCAAGCAUCGCAUGAUUCAUCUGAAAGUGAGAGAAAAGAACAACAUAAGAAAUGUGAAGAAUGUGAUGUAUUGUUUUAUAAUGAAAAAGCUUUAGAUUAUCAUUAUCGUUCUAUACAUAAAAGGAUGGUACAUUUAUUUCAACCAAUAGCAACACCACCUCCUAGCAAUAAAAUCAAAGUAAAUUCAAUGAAUGAUGCUCUCAGUGUGUAUUACUGCCAUUUGUGUGGUGCUGAAUAUAUUAUAAAAUUCAAUUUGCAACGACACUUGGAAAGAGCUCAUACUCAAGAAGAAAGAGAAGCUGUUCCAGAAGAUUUAAUAAAAUGUACAGUAUGUGCUGCUCUAUUUUGCAGUAAAAGAGCAUAUGAAACGCAUAACAGUUAUCAUCAACCAGAUGAUCUAUAUGUAACAUCAGAAGAACAAAGAUUGCAAACUGUAACUAAAGUAGAUCAAGAUUUUGAUAUUAGGCGUGUUGAAGGAGUUGCUGACAAAUAUGUUCCAAAAACUAAUACUACAAAAAGGCCUGCUAAAAAUUGGCCAAAGCCUAAGAGAGCACAAGAGAGUGUAGAAGUAAAGCAAAAGGAUUAUUCUUCUUCAGAUGAUGAACCUGGUGUUACUAAUGAAUCCAGUGAUUCAGAAAGUGAUCUUCCAUUAAAACAAAGGAUUUGCAGCUAACGGAGGUCUCUUAUUGUUUAUAAAAUACUUCAAUAUUUAUAUUUUUAAAACAUUGAAACUAUGUUAAAAUGAUCGUCAUUGUAAAAUUAUCAUGCAGAUUUUAUUUUUUAUUUUGACAUAAACAUAACAUGUGAUAAUUUCUAUAUUAAUAUUUUUUAGAUUGAUAUAUAUA